CCAAAUUAGCCUCAGUGCGGGAGACUGAUAGCUGCUGCGGAGUGCUGUGAUUCGGUCUGACGGCGAGCUUUGCACUGUUGCACUUGUACCAUGGCAGCUGAGCUUUCCACCUCCAUAAAUAUUAAAGAGCCACGCUGGGAUCAGGGAACAUUUGUGGGACGAGCAAAGCAUUUCUUCACCGUCACAGACCCCAGAAACAUCCUUCUGUCAAAUGAACAAUUAGAAAAAGCACGUCAGAUUAUUCUGGAUUACAAAAAAGGGGUGGUAACACCAGGUCUCACAGAAGACGAGCUAUGGAGGGCAAAGUAUGUUUUUGAUUCAGCAUUCCAUCCAGACACAGGCGAGAAAAUGCUCCUGAUUGGUCGCAUGUCUGCUCAGGUCCCCAUGAACAUGACCAUCACUGGAUGCAUGAUGACGUUUUACAGAACAACUCCAGCAGUUCUGUUUUGGCAGUGGAUCAAUCAGUCUUUCAAUGCAAUAGUCAACUAUACCAACAGGAGCGGAGACGCCCCCAUCACAGUAAACCAGCUUGGCACAGCAUAUGUAUCGGCGACCACAGGGGCCGUGGCUACUGCUUUAGGACUAAAUGCAUUAGCAAAGCAUGUGUCUCCACUAAUAGGACGCUUUGUUCCUUUCGCUGCUGUAGCUGCUGCUAACUGUAUUAAUAUUCCACUCAUGAGACAACGGGAACUCAAACACGGCAUUCCAGUAACAGAUGAGAAUGACAAUCGGUUAGGAGAAUCUUCAAAGGCAGCUCAACAGGCCAUCACACAAGUGGUGGUUUCCAGAAUCCUCAUGGCCUCUCCGGGAAUGGCCAUCCCUCCAUUUUUAAUGAACUCUUUGGAAAAGAAGGCCUUCGUGAAGAGGUUUCCGUGGAUGAGUGCACCCAUUCAGGUCGGCUUGGUUGGGUUUUGCCUUGUGUUUGCAACCCCAUUGUGCUGUGCGUUAUUCCCACAAAAGAGCUCUAUGGCACUGAGCCGUUUGGAACCAGAGCUGCAGGAGAAGAUUCGAGCCUGUCAUCCUGGAGUAGAGACUGUCUACUUCAACAAAGGACUGUAAAGACAAACGUCGGUGAAUCUGCUCUCUACUGUAAUGGAUUCACGUACCAUCUAAAACAUCUCUUUGUGUGCCAAAGUUCACCCAUUCCUCUCCAGGACAUCCCAACUCAGUCAUUUUGUAAGAUGUUUUUACAUUUUUGACUGUUUUAAUUGUUUUUAAGCUAAAUCCUCAUUGUCGUUGCUGAUUUUUGCUGAUCUUUUGUCUGACGUGUAUGACGGUACACACUACUGUAUACACAUGUAAUUUAUUUUUUUUAAAUUUCUGAAAUAAUUUUGUUUGCUGCCAGAUUAUUCCAUGUGCCAUUCAAUGUCGUUUUCAGUAAGGAUCAAAGAUAGCUGGUGUUGACCUUGUUUUUCUUUUCCGUUAGUCUGUAUUGCAUUGUUGAUGUCAGUAUUUCGUCUUUGCAGUUUAUGUUACUGCCAAAUUUCAUUUCAGUUUCAAGAAAAGUCAAGGGACCUCUUAAUGACAAUAGUGCAAUCCAUUGAAAAAGUUGCCAAAUAUAAACCUCUGCUGCACAUUUCCUUAGAUGCAGGUUUAAUAAAUCGAUAAACUACAGCAUGGGUUUUAAGAAGUUUGAUCUAUUUUACUAUCCUCAGUAUUUGAGUUUAACUAGGAUGUUAUACAAUAAUAGCGUGUAUAUUCAUAUGUUUUCUUCUGCCUGUCGACGGUGCAUGAACAAACUUUUUGUAAGUGAAAAUAGUGUGCGGUUAAAGUUCAACGUGUUCUCAUUGACUGUUCCAAAGUCCACUCCUCUAGCAAUUCAAGGUAACACAUUGUUUUUCAAUAUAAACUUAUCAAACCUGCAUCUGUUUUCUGUUUAAUGAAAGGCCAUUUACUUCAGUCCACCCUAAAAACUGCCUUUUCAUGUGCCAUAUUUUGUUACGUUUAAGGUAACACACAGCGCUCUACAUUAAACCUACCAGAAUAACUAGAAUAAUCAAACAGUAUAGAGGUCAAUGACUAAUGGAAGCUAAUGUGUCAUUUUCUGUAUCUUUUAAAGAAAGGACACAAUCCAAAUGGUUUUUUUUUUUAACUAGUGUGACUUUUCCUUUUAUUGCCUUUCCAUAAAUCCUGUUUCUGUUUGCCAUCAUGGCCAAAGUAUGUGGAUGGUUCCGUUGAGUUUGGCUUUAAGUAUUAAUGCAACUGCAUAAAGACAUUCUAUCUAGACAGAGAAUUGUAUUUUAAAGGAAUAGUUCCAUGUAUUUUUGGUUAUGUUAUGUAUUUUUAGAUUUAAUGUUAAUCUUUGUGAACUUUCCAUUUAAUUGACUAAGUCUCCAUGUGUUGAGGUAUUUAAAUAUGUUUAAUACAUAACCUACCAAGAGAGCGUAACAGCUCUCAGUUAGCUGUGUGUUGAGCGCUCUGAUCUUUGUUAAUGUGAGACUGUUGAUGUGCCACAUUUGUUCAGUUCUUGAAUGUAGUGUUGGCAGUAAUGAAAUCAAACUGAGAGCAUGUACAUUUCUGUGGAUAUACGGUAGCCACUCAUUGUUUUUAACUGUGACAAAAGCACAACAGUCCUUGUUCUUCAAGAUUCCCUGAAGGUUUUAAGUGUUAUGCAUUACAGAUAUCUGUGAAAGUAGAUAGAAAGUGUGUGGUGGUUAGGGAAGAAUUUUUGGUGUUUAUAAUUUGUUGAAUAUUAUUUUGUUGCCAGAUCAGGGUCACCAGCAUCACCAAUAUUCACAGGGCCCGGGACAAUAUUUUCAAAAAUUUCUUUGUCCCCCUCAAUAUUGGCCCUAGGUGCUCAGAUAUUUGAUAUUUCCUAUUCCAUUUGAAAUCUGUGCUACUUACAGAUCUUGUAUAAAUGAAAUAAAUUCAUAACUGAUGUAAACAAGCAAAUGCUGGUGUGUUCAGGAGAAUCACAACAGCAUUGUAGCCACGAGGAUCUUUAGACCGGAAUUUACAGCACACCUGUUCUUUUUGAUCUUUAUGAGGUAGCUAAUUGUAUUAAUUAUAUACUAAGUAAAAUGCAGUGUUUUCCUGGACAAGAAUACAUUCCCUUGUGCAUUGAACACAGCAUAAUACUGUUUGUUUCUUGAUCCCACAUUACUUGAUCAAUAACUCUAGGCAUCUGCAUACUAGGAACAAAACGGGAAUACUCUGAGGUGUGACUCAAUGGUCUGCUCUUUAAAUGAACAAGUUGCUCUCAUACAAUAAUUUGUUUACAGUGAAUGAGAUGGGUGUAUGAUUUUAAAGAUCUUAUUUUACAGUGAAUGGGGAUAAUGUACUGUGUGGAUUACCUAAAUGAAAUAAAGAGUAUGGAGCAAUGGA